CCCCCCCCCCCCCCCCCCCUCACGCGCCCAGCCGCGACUCGGCCGCAAUGGCGGAGCCCGUGGCCAACGCGGCGGCGCCCGCCCCCGCGCCCGGCCGCCUCCGCAACGCCUUCGGCGGCGUGCUCUGCGCCUUCACCCUCAUCCUCAUCGGUGUCCUCGCCUUCUCGAUCCGCCUCUUCUCCGUGAUCAAGUACGAGAGCGUGAUCCACGAGUUCGACCCCUACUUCAACUUCCGCGUCACUCAGUUCUUGUCAAAGAAUGGAAUCUACGAGUUCUGGAACUGGUUUGAUGAUAGGACAUGGUAUCCCCUUGGUCGUGUGAUCGGUGGCACUGUGUAUCCUGGGUUGACUUUGACAGCUGGAAGCAUUUGGUGGUUCGUAAAUGCUCUGAACAUCCCAUUGUCCGUGGAGACUGUCUGCGUGUUCACUGCUCCAAUUUUCUCAGCAAUCGCUUCCUGGGCUACUUACCUCUUGACAAAGGAGGCAAAGGGCACUGGAGCUGGAUUGAUGGCAGCAGCCAUUCUGGCAAUGGUCCCUUCGUACAUCUCAAGAUCAGUUGCUGGCAGCUAUGAUAAUGAAGCUGUAGCAAUAUUUGCCUUGGUAUUCACAUUUUAUCUGUAUGUAAAGACACUGAACACAGGAUCACUCUUUUAUGCAACGCUCAAUGCUCUCUCAUAUUUCUACAUGGUCUGUUCUUGGGGAGGCUACACAUUCAUCAUAAACCUUAUUCCGAUGCAUGUGCUGUUGUGCAUUGUAACCGGUCGUUAUUCUUCGCGACUGUACAUUGCAUAUGCUCCCCUUGUUAUACUGGGAACACUUCUGGCAGCUUUGGUACCUGUCGUUGGUUUUAAUGCUGUAUUGACAUCUGAGCACUUUGCAUCAUUUCUGGUGUUUAUAAUCCUUCAUGUGGUUGCUUUUGUGUAUUACAUCAAAGGACUUUUGACUCCCAGGCUGUUCAAAAUGGCUAUGACUCUUGUUAUAACUGUUGGACUGGCUGUUUGUUUUGCAGUUGUAGCUAUACUCGUAGCGUUGGUGGCAUCUAGCCCAACAAAAGGCUGGAGUGGGCGCAGUUUGAGUCUACUGGACCCAACCUAUGCAAGCAAGUAUAUUCCCAUCAUUGCCAGUGUCAGUGAACAUCAACCCCCUACCUGGCCCUCUUAUUUUAUGGAUAUCAAUGUUUUGGCCUUCUUGGUUCCUGCUGGAAUAAUUUCAUGCUUCUUGCCUUUGUCCGAUGCAAGUUCAUUCAUGGUCUUGUACUUGGUCACUGCGGUAUAUUUUUCUGGAGUGAUGGUUCGGCUUAUGCUUGUCCUUGCUCCUGCUGCGUGCAUUCUAUCAGGGAUUGCUCUUUCCUCAGCCUUCGAUGUCCUCACACGAUCUAUGAAAUUUCAGCUAUCAAAACUAUUUGAUGAUGGCCCUGCUAUUUCAGGGAAUGGUAGCCCAAAUGGUUCUAGUGCUAGCACGGUCAAUACAAGUUCAUCCAAAAAUGAGAAGACUGAAAAAUCUGAAGCAGCUCCAAAGGAAAAACAAUCAAAGAAGAACAGGAGGAAGGACAAAGAAGUGACCGAAAGUGUUUCUGUGAAGCCUAAAAAGGAAAAGAGACUUUCGGUACUGCCUUUGGAAGCAUCUAUUGUGAGCACUCUUUUACUGAUCGCGUUAGGUGGUUUCUAUGUGGUCCAUUGUGUUUGGGCUGCAGCUGAAGCGUACUCUGCACCUUCGAUUGUGUUGACAUCUCGUUCACGCGAGGGAUUGCAUGUUUUUGAUGAUUUCCGUGAAGCUUAUGCAUGGCUUAGCCAUAACACAGAUGUGGAUGACAAGGUUGCAUCCUGGUGGGACUAUGGUUAUCAAACAACUGCUAUGGCUAACAGGACUGUGAUUGUAGACAACAAUACCUGGAAUAACACUCACAUAGCAACAGUUGGUACAGCGAUGUCAUCCCCAGAAAAGGCAGCAUGGGAGAUCUUUGAUUCUUUAGAUGUUAAAUAUGUGCUUGUUGUGUUUGGAGGUCUGGUUGGCUACCCUAGUGAUGAUAUUAACAAGUUCCUUUGGAUGGUUCGCAUAGGAGGUGGUGAAUUCCCUCACAUCAAGGAGCCAGAUUAUCUUAGAGAUGGCCAGUACCGUGUUGAUGCUCAAGCAACUCCAACUAUGUUGAAUUGCCUCAUGUACAAGCUUUGCUAUUACAGGUUUGUUGAGACUGAUGGCAAAGGCUUUGAUAGAGUAAGAGGAUAUGAAAUAGGAAAGAAGCAUUUCAAGCUAACACAUUUUGAGGAGGUUUUCACAACCCACCACUGGAUGGUGCGCAUUUAUAAACUGAAACCUCAAAAGAACAGGAUUCGGGGCAAGUUGAAGAAGUUGAAAUCCCAGAGUUCCAAAACUAGUUCAACGCUUGCAGCUGGCCGAAAGAAGAACCCAUGGCAAUGAAGAGAAACCGUGUUCCAUUUACUUGAGGCUUGAUAUUGUAGCUCAACUGCAUCAAGCUCAAAAGAACUAGAAUACUACAGAACUAGAUUAGAGAUAUCUGCAUUGUUGUGCUCGUAUUUGACCCCCUAAUGUCUUCUUUCUGGAACCUGCCGAAGUGCUGAUAGAAUUUUUGAUAGACGAGUUUGUUUCCCCCCCCCUUUGUUGGGACACUA